GAGAGGGAGGAGAGCAGGAAGGCAGUUCACAAGCUGAGCUUAGCCUGUAGCGAGGAGGAGAGAGGCUUAGGCUGUGCUUGGCGGUAUUCGAGUGGCUGGAGAUUCAAGAAAUACCAGUUCUGCCCUCAGGACUUAGCUAAAAAUUCUGUUCUAAUGUGAGAGGCAAAAUAGACUACCCACUUUGGUUCCUCAAGGUGAAUGUGUCUCUGACUCAGGAUUUUAAAUCAUCUGUUGACUUGAACAGAAGUAACUCUAAAGCCUCAAGAAAGAAAAACCUGAAAUAAGAAGAUCACUAUGGCCACCUCAGAGAAACCAAGUUGUACUAAACCAAGUGAGGAUUUCCAUCAUUUUCCCGAGAUUAUUGAACUCAAUGUAGGUGGUCAGGUAUACAUCACUCGCUAUCCUACUUUGGUCAGUGUUCCUGGCUCCCUUCUCUGGGAAAUGUUCAGUAAAAACAAUCCUUGCUCCUUAAUCCAGGACAACAAAGGGAGAUUCUUUGUAGACCGAGAUGGUUUCCUCUUUCGCUAUGUGCUAGACUACAUGAGAGACCAGAAACUAGUGCUUCCAGACCACUUUCCAGAGUGUGGUCGGCUCCAGAGAGAAGCAGAAUACUUCAAGUUACCAGAACUAGUGAAGAUGUUGGCUCCUAAAAUCAACAAGCUCAACUCAGUUGGGAAUGAUCUAUGCCAAAGUGAUCUAGAAGAGCUGUCCACCAACACUGACACCAUAUGUAAUUUCUCUUCAAGUAAUAACAUCCAAGUUAGUGGCCCUGAUAAUCCCCCAACUCUGACAGCAGGCAGUGGUUCUGACCUCAAGAAGGCAGGUUUCAUCACUAUUGGCUAUCGAGGCUCCUAUACUCUGAGUAGGGAUAGCCUCACAGAUGCCAAAUUCCGCCGUGUGGCCCGAAUCAUGGUGUGUGGUAAGAUCUCAUUGGCCAAAGAAGUAUUUGGAGAUACUUUAAAUGAGAGCAGAGACCCUGACCGUCCUCCUGAGCGGUACACUUCUCGAUAUUACCUCAAAUUCACUUUUCUGGAACAAGCCUUUGACAAACUAGCUGAUGCUGGCUUUUACAUGGUAGCAUGCAACUCCACUGGCACCUGCACUAUUACCCAUGACCAGACAGAUGACAAGAUCUGGACCUCUUACACUGAAUAUGUUUUCUGCCGUGAGUGACACUUAAAAUCAUCCAGAAUAUACAAACCAAAAAGCCAACUCUUUUUCCCUUCUCUGUUCCUGUGCCAACUAUCUCUUUUAGAAAGAAACAUAAUAAUUUUGGAUCUAUCUAAUCCUGGACAAUGCGACUUCCUUCACCAUAACCAGUUGAAACUUUGUAGUAACUUCCUUCUUACACAUCAUUCCAUUCUAUCUGGCUUCCAACCUGCCUUGGAUUGUGGAGUUGGAUGUCAUUUCAGGAAAAGUAUUCAAUGUGUAGGCAUAUGUACAUGCACAUCACUAUAGAUAGUAGAGAUGUAUUUGUUGAAUAAAUGCAAUUAGAUAAAGCCACAAGAUUUAGUUAGUUGAGAAAUGCUAAGCCAUGGUUUCCAAACUGGUUCUCAGCACAACAGCUUUGACUUGCUUAUAUACUUUGCUAUUUGUACUCACCUAAGGAAAGCUCUGGGUGUACUUAUUCUGAACUAGAGGCCUCCUACAGUAAAUGUGAAUAUACUUUGUAAACUGUUACUGCGAUUCUUUUUAUCCAGAUGGAGUGGAAGAAGGUGAUAGGCAUCUACCAGGAGGUCCAUAGAAAGGUCAAUCAACUGUUAUGGCUGAAUAAUAUUCCAUUGUAGGUAUAUGCCACAUUUUGUUUAUCCAUUAAUCUGUUGAUGGACACUUGG